AGCAGCGGACUCCAGUGACUGCCGGACUACACGUCUCGUGCAAUAAGUGACCGCGAGACGUUCGCCGCACUUUACACUGAUCUAUGCUGAAUUCGCUAAGGUGACGCGAAGCAGACCGAGCCAUGAGCAGCGGGAGGUCCUCGGAGUCUAUGCGGAAGGUUGGUCUGCAAGAGGAAGAUGAGGAGGAAAGUCUGAGCGAAGAAGGACCCAUAGAAGUGCCCAGCCCUCCCGACGGCGGAUACGGCUGGGUUGUGGUAUUCGCCUCUUUUAUCUGCUUCGUUAUCGUUGAUGGCAUCAUCUUCUCCUUCGGUAUAUUCCUGCGAGAGUUUGCGCACACCUUCAAUGAGUCCAAAAGCUCGACAGCAUGGGUUGCGUCGAUCCAGACUGGGUGCUACCUCUUGGCAGGCCCCGUAGCUGCUGGUCUAGCGAAUGCCUUCGGCUGUCGUGCGGUCACCAUUGGCGGCAGCAUCCUUGCAGCUACUGGUUUCAUUGCUGCUGUAUUCGCCAAGAACAUAGUCCAUCUGUACAUCACCUUAGGCCUUCUUGGGGGUACGGGGUUCGGCCUCAUCUUCCUUCCUGCUGCUGUCACAAUCAGCUUCUAUUUCGAGCGCAAAAGGGCAUUCGCCACGGGCAUGGCCGUCUGCGGUUCGGGAAUCGGAGGCUUCCUCAUGGCCCCAUGCUGCCAGAAGCUCGUUGAAGUGUUCGGCUGGCGAGGGUCCUUGCUCAUCCUCGCAGGACUAACGCUCAACUGUUGCGUCGUGGGAGCUCUCUUUCGACCAAUCGAAGAGCCGGAACAAAAGCCCGAAACGCCUCCAAUGAAGCCUCUGCUUAUCCGAAUCAAGGAAGCCAGGGAUGCCAUGACAAAAUGGGACUCUGAGGAAAGUGGCAUCGACGAAACUUUGCUCUCACAACAACGAAAGCGGAAAAGGAGCUGUCCUCCACCUCGAAUAUUACACGACGUCAUGAGCACGGAAGAAAAAAGCUCCUCAAGCUCGACAACAGGGAGUAAUAACAGCCCUCCACCACCUUACUUCGAGACGGUCGGAUCUCAUCAACAAUACAGCUGCUGCCAUAACAACAACCAGCUUAGCACGAACUACAGACCGCAAAGAAGGUUCUCAUGCACGAAAUACCGACCAAGGAGAAUGACAGCUCCAGAGAUGCGUCCAUUUUACAGACAAGAUAUCCUGUUCAGUGCAAGCUUGAUACGCAUUCCUGAAUAUCGGUCGCAGAGGAACUCGUACCACCAAAGUAUCGCCAACAUACCAAAGCCUGCUGAGGGGAAGAAAUUGGGCUGCCUCUCAUCAGAGAUGACAGACACCUUCAAACAAAUGCUCGACAUUUCUCUGCUUACAAGCCCGACGUUUGUUCUGUUGGCCCUAUCAGGCUUCUUAACCCUUGCAGGGUUCUUCAUACCCUUCAUGUACAUAGUUGACAAGGCAGUGUUAUCAGGGAUUUCCCCGGAAAGUGCAGCGUUCAUCCUGUCAGUGAUAGGGAUCACCAACACGGUCGGUCGUGUCUUCUCAGGGUGGGUGUCCGAUCGACCGAGUGUCAAUGCACUGUGCAUAAACAACGUGGCGCUAACAAUAGGAGGGAUCGCGACUGGACUUUGCCCGUUUUUUGACACAUACGUGCUCCUCCUCGUCUACAGCGCCGUGUUUGGCUUCUCCAUAGCAUGCUUCGCGGCCCUACGGUCUAUCAUCGCAGUGGAAAUGUUCGGAGUGGAGAAGCUCACAAACGCCUUUGGGUUACUGCUGUUGUUCCAGGGAGUGGCGUCGAUAAUAGGCUCUCCAGUAGCGGGUCUUUUCUUCGACAUGACCGGAACCUACAACGCUUCCUUCUACAUCGCUGGCUUCGUUAUUACACUUUCUGGAGUAAUGUGUUUCCCCUUACCGUGGGUGUCCAACUGGGAACGCAAACGAAAAGAAGGUCCACUGCCAGAAAUUAUAACGACGAACGACGAUGAGAAAUCGUUACAACGGAGCUCAGCAGUGUCAGUGACAGUGACGUAGACGGCAACACCAUGCAUCAAAACAUUAGCCAUCAAUCUUCUGCGUAGCGAAGUACGUGAAGUGCACCAUGAAGUGAACAGAGUGCCUCGAUUAAGGAACCAUCGUGUGGCUAGCGUUCGUCAGCACACGUGCUGUGUAUUGUCACUUCACACAGGUGCGCCUCUUUCGACAACGUGUGCCAUCAACUGUCGUGCACAUCUGCCGCAAAGUGGCGGUCAUAAUCGACGAACUACGGACUCGUGAGUGUUCUAGUGUAUUCGCCAACGUGUCUGCAAGGUGAAAUAUGUCGUCCGGACAUCAAGCUAGAAGCCUCGUAGCGUACGGAAAAAGACACCUCAGUGCGCAAAUAAAUAAAAAAGAAAGAAAAACAAACAAACAAACAGCAAUUCAAGAAAGCACAGCA